AGGGAACCCAGAAGGAGGAGGAGGAGGAGGAGGAGGACGAUGAGAAGUUGGUGAGGAGGUGCCUGGUGGGGGAAAAUGGCUGACUUUCUGAAAGGAUUGCCAGUUUAUAACAAAAGCAACUUCAGCCGAUUCCAUGCAGAUUCUGUAUGCAAAGCAUCGAACAGAAGACCUUCAGUUUAUCUUCCGACACGGGAAUAUCCAUCAGAACAGAUAAUUGUCACAGAAAAGACAAAUAUACUCUUGCGUUACCUACAUCAGCAGUGGGACAAAAAGAAUGCAGCAAAGAAAAGAGAUCCUGAGCAAGUGGAAAUAGAAGGUGAAAACUCCGCCCCACCUCGCAAAAUUGCCCGGACAGACAGCCAAGAUAUGAACGAGGACACUUAAAAAUUCUCUCCAGUCUUCUGUGUUAAAAUUUACAGGCGCUUCCUGUGUGGGUUUUAUUUUUUUAUUUUUAUUUUUUUCUGUGUGUCUUUCAGUGUGUACACAGGCACGCACAUGUACAUACACACUCACGCACACUUCCGUCAGCCCUCUGCCUUCCCCAUCUCUUCCUCCUGCCCUCCAUCGUGCAGCCUAUACCAUUUCUGACUUUGUAGAAGCCAACGUAUUUAUUUUGGGGACGGGGGAAGGAGAGGUUUCUUUUUCCAUUUUUUUUUUAUUAUUUAUGCGUGCGCUCUCUCUCUCUCUCUCAUGUUCAGAGCAAAUCAGAAAGUAAUGAUGUUUAAUCUGUGAUCAGUGCUUUUUUUAAAAAAAAAAUGAAAAUAAUUCCACUUUUGUGGCUACCCCUUCUUUUUGAGGAAUCAGCUGCUCUCUGAAGAGGGAGCUCCAUUCACGCUGAUGGCACCCCCUCCGCAUUGUGUCCUCUGUUCAUAUUAUUGAGAAUUUCCAUUUCACAAUUACUGUACAACUACUGGUGUGUCCUGACUUAGCAUUGUUUCGAUAACAGGAGGAACUCGUAAGGGGAGGGGGCUGGGCAGAAGGCUUAUUUCUUACCCAUCCUCCUCCAGGCGUGUUGCUACCUGCAUACCAUGUUCUGUUUUCCAGCAACGGUGGUGGUGGUGGGGGAUCAGGUUGUUUGCGGUGGUCUCUCUUCAGCUGACGAUCUCUGGCUGAGAUCGUACCCAUUUUGCUGGCAAAUGUUGUGUUAUCAUGUUACCUCCUUUGGCCUGUCUCCUCCCCCAUGACCCUCUGGCUCCCCCCCUCAUCCUGGGAAACUCAUUAGCACAUCGGUUGGUCGUAGAUAGCAAGCAAAAAACCCACUUGGGCUUGCCCCGGAAUCUCUUUGGCACCACUCUUUGGAUGGACCAGUUGUGUGCAACUUUUCAAGUAGAAUAAAGCGGGAUGUUUCUCACCACUUUUGACGAGUUCUUGUUUAAAAAAAAAACACCUCUUGUUCGAAACUCUAGGGCAAGGGCCCGCAACAUCGCUCUCUACAGCUGCCUGCAGUUCUGAGAUUAGUUGCAAACCCCCCUCGUGCAAGAAAUCGGAUCCCUGGUAAGGGGUCAGCGUCUUGUCUUGUAGCCUGCUGCUUGAAAGAGGUGUGUGUGUGUGUGUGUGUGUGUGUGUGUGUGUUUUCAAGGUCAGAGCUUUGGUUUUGAAAUUGAUGCUAAAUCUGAUUUGAAGUUGGAACAUUCUUGGUAGGAUUGGUACAGUGCAGAAUACUCAUUCUAAGGUUGGAAUAUCUUGAGGCCAAAACAUUUUAACCUUAUAAAUAAUUCUGCACACUUCUAGUCCCUACUGUUUUUUUUUUU